AUGUCGAGUGAAGAAGAAGAUGAAUCUGUGAUUGGAACAAAAGAGUAUUGGGAUACAUUGUAUGAAGGCGAAUUAAAUAACUUCAAUGAAUUCGGCGACGAAGGAGAGAUUUGGUUCGGGAAAAGCAUCUUGGCUAAACUUGUUGAAACUGUCUGUCAAAUGGUAUCUGAGACAGAAACAACCACGAUCUUAGAUAUCGGCACAGGUAGCUUCGAUUUCUGUUUAUUUUUAAAUCAAAAAUACUAUCCAUUUUCAGGAAAUGGCCAUGUUAUUCAACGUCUAUUACGUCGUGGUUUUGUGCAUUUGACUGGUAUUGACUAUUCUGAGAAAUCAAUUGAACUUGCACGAACACAAAUCGGAUCUAAUGUAAAAUUUCAAGUGAUGGACAUGACUGCAACGGACACAUCAGCCCUUGACCAUUUCGACGUCGGAAUCGACAAAGGAACGUUAGAUGCCAUAUUAUUAUGUUCAUCCGAUCAACGGAAAGGUAAAUGUCAAGCCUAUGUGGAAACAGUUCAUCGGCAUAUCAAGAAUCUCUUGUUUCUCGUUUCGUGCAACUGGACACGAAAUGAAUUGCUGGAAUUUUUCGAACCGAAAUUUUCAUUAGAGCGGGAAAUCGAGACGCCAACAAUGCAGUUCGGUGGACGGCAGGGUAAAACAGUAACUUUUCUUGUUUUGAAAAGAAAUGAUUGA